GGUCGGCAGGAAGAGGAACCGCGAGCUGAUAGUCGACUCUUGUCGCCGGAGCCGACCAGAGCUGUGCCGUUCUGCAGGAGAGCAUGCGCCGCCUGCGAGCGCCGACGGAGUCGAAUGUGCUGGUGACAUCAGCAUCUUGAUCGACAAUGCUCCGGUGGUUGAUCGUGCUCCUCACAGCAACUUCUGCUCUCUGCUGUGACCUGGAGCCAGUGCGGGACCUGAGAGUGUUCGCGACGACAUCGUCUCAGAUUCGCGUGAGAUGGUCGCCACCGACCGCCGCGGCGCUGAGGUGCGCGCAGGGGUACAGGGUCUGCGCGACGGCGACGGCUCCAGGGGCGACCCCGCGCUGCGCCAGCCUCCGGAGCGCUCACCUCGGAGGGCACGUCGUGGCUGACCUGCCGCCCUGCGAGCAGCUCAACGUCAGCGUGGCGGUGCUGGGCGCGGCCGGGUCCAUGUCUGCUCCCGCCUCCGUGAUGGCGACCACGGCCCCCGGGCCGGCGGCCGGCCUCGCCGUCUCCAGGGAGGGCGGCGCCAGGAUCGUGGCCAGGUGGACGUAUGACGUCACCGCGGCCGGCGCAUGCGCGGAGAUGUUCAACCUGAGCUGGUGCGCGGGGAGGGAGGCGUGCGGCGUCGCGCGUGUCCCAGUGUCCGCGCGCUCCUCCUACUCACAGCAGCUGUGGUUCGCCCAGUACUGCAGCAGUCUCCGACGCUGUUGGCACCCCUGCAGGUACUCCGUGAGCCUGGCGGCGCUGGACGGCGAGCUGCGCAGCUCCGGCGCGCUGGUGGCCAGCCUGGACGAGCUGCUGAUUGGAGGCCCAGAGAACCUGACGGUGCGGAACUGCUCGUCCAGCUCCAUAGAGGUGGGGUGGGCCGUGCCGGAGCGCCAGGCGAGCUGCGAGUACCGCGUGUUGGUGGAGGUGUCCUUCAGCGAGGACCCGACCCUGAGGACCGCCAGGACCUCCCACCCCGCGGGCACCAGGAGCCUGGUCCUGGGAGGGCUGGCGCCGUGCAGGGAGCACCUCGUGACCGUGGAGCUCGGCACCACCUCGCGCAGCCGCAACAAGUCCACGCAGGCCUACACCUUGCCGCGAGGUGUGCGCGUCUGUCGAGGACAGGAAGUGCUGAGCAACGCCAGCGUGGUGCACGUGACCUCCUCCUCCGUGGGCGUGGCGUGGUGCGUGACUCUGGCUGAGCGCGGCUGCAUCAGGGGCGUGUCCGUGUGCUGGGUCAGCUCUGUCAGCUCGCUCAGCUCGCUCAGCUCGGACUGCCUGCUCGCGGCGGGCGACAGCCUCGAGCUGACAGGCCUGCAGCCUCGCACCAGCUACCAGCUCACCCUGCGAGCCCUCUUCGCCACCGGCCUGACCCUGCAGUCCCUCACGUUGGAAGCGACCACUGCGGCGGCAUCAGGCCAAAAUUUCUUCUUCUGUAAUGCGAACAUCAUUUUAUUUAUGAAUCUUUUACUGUUUUUGUGCAUUUUCAAGACAGGUAUGUUAUGACACUUUAUGAACCUUGAAUACAUGACUUUCACGUAAAGUAAGUAAUGUGCAUCUUGCGACAGGCAGUGCUACUUGUGAUGUUUGAAUUUAGAUUGUUAAAAAAUUAAAUUUUAACUACCUCAAGAUAGAAGAAAUACCUCAUCUGAUAUAAUUUAGUAUAUUUUUUCUAUAGAAAGAUAUAUUGUUAAGAGUAUAAUGUACUUUUUAAAACAAAAUAGCAGGUAGGCUGUGCCAUAUACAACCAAAUUCAAUUGUAAAAUCGUUACAAGGUAGUGGUGGAUUUUGAAGUGUAUUAUAUCUUUGCUUAUGUUUUACUAUCUCUCCCCUCCAUCGUAAUUGAAAAACAAAAAAUGUCUUAGAUGUAAAAAAAUGAAGGUAUUUAUAAAUAUAUAUGCCACAUCACACGUUAUCUUUAAAUUAGUUGAUAUGAAAAUAAAUAUUUUGAAAGUGAUGCUGGUUCAGGAGCGCUGAGAGUGAAAGGCAAUGAAGCGCGCGCAGGUCGGAGUCUAGUGCGCAUGCGCGUAUCUGCUGCUCCCACGAGCCGAGUCGUCCCAGCUGCCGACCGCGUGUGGCGACAUUAGCCCGUACGUAUUUGCUUUCGUUAACAUCGGGGGACAUGCCCAGUCUAUCAAUGUGCCAAAUAAAGCUUCGUGAUUGUAAAAAUAUCCUGAAAUACAUUUAAUAACUUUAAUAGUGACAAAAGGAAAUAACCAAUACUUUAAAAUAAGUUAUCCCCACCCCUUAAAGCGUAAUUUUGGAAAUUCAUGAUGGAAUUUUGCACACAAGACCAAAUUUACUAUUUACAACUGAUUUUAAAAAAAAAGUGGAAAAUAACUGUCUACUUGAUAUUUAGAAAAAAAAUCAUAUCCCUAUUUCCAACCCCUUAAAACAUAAUUUUAGUACUUCUUGAUGAAAUUUUACACACUUGUCAAAAACUACUGUGUACGUCUAAUUUUGAGUGGAAGGAAGAACAGUGUCUACAUGAGAUUUUACCCCAUCCCACAUUCUUACUUUUAUAAAAGAAUUAUGGUACUUCUUGAUGAAAUUUUUCAUACUUGUAAUUCUUAAUACGACGAAAAUAACUGCCACACUUGAUUGCGGGGAAAAAAAUCAGAGAUACUACAUCUAACAGUAUUUUAAAUUUCUGAAAGAAAAAAAAAUUGUAUUCGAUGUACUCUAAAAAAGAAGCCACUUGAUAUUGCAUUAUUCCGGGUACUUCAUCUUUUAUGUAUAUAUGAAUGAAAUUAUCUCUAUGUCCAAUGUGCUGUAAAAUAUGUUUCUGUAACAGAAGUUAUUAAAUAAAAUUUUGAAAAUAA